AUGCGUGUGUCGCUGCCUGAAGGGGUGGUGGCAGGGGGGAAGCGAUUGCAGGUGCAGCAGGGAGAUAGGAGGGAGGACUUUGGGAUUGCACCGGUGAAGCGCAAGUGUCGGGAGAAGGAAGAGCAGGACGACUGGAGCCCGCUCAUGCUCCCCAUGGAGGUGUAUGUUCCCCGCUCUCUUGCCCGGGCCAUGGCAUCCACCGGCCCUUGUAGGCUGUAUGACGAGACCAUGAGGUGCUAUCAGUCGCUGGAACCAUCUUUGGCAGUGCGGGCGAUGGUGUAUGGGGAGGAUGUGGGGCGAGUGAGGGCCUCAACGGGAGUGCUGCUGGAGGACCCCAAGUCUUCAGGAGCCGCCUCCGCCCCCCCAUGCCCCAACGCCAAGCUCCUCCCCACGUGUCUCAUCCGCAAUCUCACCUCCCUCUUCCUCCGCCAUCCCUCCCUCGAUUUCACUAUCGCUGCUGCCUCCCCUCCCCUGCCCGCCCACUCCGUGUACUCCGCCUUCCACCCCAACCGCGCCCCCCUGCUGCCCCACACUGCUGCAUGGCGGGCAGAGCACUGCGGGGAAAGAGGGAGUGUAGGCGUUGCCACACCUUGCUAUCAACGACUGCUAGCAGAUCUAUUCCUGCUGGCAGACGCACCUUCGCUCAUCUUCACUCACAAGUCGCCCACCUUCACUUUCGUUGUGGCACGCGGGUCAGCUCGGCAAUCCCGAGGGCUGCAGGGAGAUUUUAGCGUCGUGCAGCCAUCGCUGUGUGCCUCUGCAUGCCCGAAACCGCUCUUGGAGAAUAAAUUCGCCCAACACAUGAUCGUUGAUGAAUCCCUUAAAGCCCUGUACUGCGCUUUGCCCAAGGUGGGCAAUACGAGCUGGAAGCUCUGGUUCCGCCUCAUGAAGCUUCACGGAAACUACUCCGCUUUCCACUCUUUUGGCAAGAAACCCUCAGAAGAGGCGAAAUCUACCAAUGGGACUGCAGCAGCAGAUGCUGGAGGGGAUGCAGCAGCAGGAACAGCCGCAGCCGAGGGAACAGCACAAGGGACAGCAGCAGCAGCGGCAGAGCCAGCAGCUUUGAGUAUUACAACAGAGGAUUUCAAGAUGAUUCACCUGCCUAGAGAGAACGGAAUCACAGAGCUACCAGAGUUGGGCGAGGAAGCAGCCAUUCGGUUCAUCACUCAGCGCGACGUGUUCCGAUUCACGUUCGUGCGCAACCCCCUCACGCGCGCCACGUCAGCGUUCCUCGACAAGUUUGUGCAUGCGCGGAACUUCACCAAUGAGGGGGAUGCGCGGCUGUACUGGGCGGACGCCAUGUUUGGGAAGACCAAGCAGCUCAAGAAGAUGCUAAAAUCGCAUCCUAGGGGUGAAUUCUCGUUUGCGGAGUUUCUGGUUCUUGUGGAGGAGGCUCUUAAGGGGGAUGCUGAUAAGAUCGAGAAUCACAUUGACAAGCAGGUCGACCUCUGUGCGUUGGAUAGCGUGCAUUACGACUUUGUAGGUCGCUUUGAGAACAUGACCGCUGACGUGGCAGCAGUGAUGCGUCAGCUCAACACGUCAGAUCUCGGAAUAUUCCAGAAGGGAAAGUCCCUCCAGCUCACAGGCGCAGACCAGCGCUCCGCCCAGUUGUACGAUAAGAAGCAGAGGUGUUUGCUUCGUAAUCUCUCCCUCUCCUCCACUCGCAUUUCCUCUCCUGUUCAGGAUUCGCUGGAGCGGGCGCAUCGGAUCUACAGCGACGAUAUGAGCAUUCCGUUCAACGCCAUUCGCUACGACAUUCCCGAGGCGCUCAAGCAGGUGGCUACGCCAUUCGCUACUCAGGAAAACGACACGCAAACACCCUCAAUCACAACCUCUAGAAAACUCCGAGUUACCGAACCUCCUUUUUCGAGGUCGUCAGGCGGUUCGGUCCAAAAUGACGCGCCAACAGCCACAGCCUCUAAAUGGCGUCGAGACACCACCGACGCUCCGGUUUCGACGCGAUACGAGACGCAUACCUCAGCAACAUGGCACCUUUGA